CUUAUACCAUAACAACUAGCAAUAUAAACUGUUGCGAACUCUUGCUUAAAGGCAAAAUCAUGUCGACCGUUUUCAACCGCUGUCGUCAUGGCGCAGCGCGCCUUUGUAGUGGUUCCUGUUACCAACUGCCUUGUCCCAGCGUUUGCAUCCAUGGUGACUCCCACAAGCAGGCUAGGCUUUACAACGCUCCUUACGCGGGCAACGCCAUGCGUGCCUCGCACACAUCGUCAUGUAGGCCUUGCGCCAACAUCGAUGAUGUCUACACGCUUCAGUGUUAUGGUGGUGGUUCAGGUCGCGGCUUCAGCGGCAGUGGCAACAACGGCAAUGGUGGUAGUAGCAGUGGCCAGGGCGGCAGCUUUGACGGCAACGGCAACCACCUUGCCUCAGCAAACCUAAAGCAGGCGCUGCUGGCCGCUAUAGUCGUCUCUGCAGCCGCUUCGAUGUUCCCAGCGCAGAGCCAUGCCAUGCCAGGUUCCACCUCCGGAUCGCCUCUGGCUUCCUUCCUGGGCGGCUCUCCCAAGGGCUCAAAGCUCAGCUCCUCAGCUCCUGCCCACAGCGGCGGGCUUGGCGCCUCUCUGGGUCGCAACAGCAUGGACAUCGGCAGCCAUGGCUCCUCCUCCUCCACUUCCACCUCCAGCUCUCCGCUGCGCCCUCGCUCCAAGGUGAUGCACGUGGCCUGCAAGGGAAGCACGCUGGUGGUGCCGCUGACGGCAGGCGAGGCCAAGGAGGACGGCUCCAAGCUGCCGCACAUGUCUCUGUGGCAGCGGCGGCGGGUGGUGGAGGCGCCCAUCGAGCUGAGCGAGCGAGAGGUCUCCAUGCUGGCCGGCAGCCGGCAGAACCGGGUGAGGGACAGCCUGCUGGUGUAGUGAGGUACCGGUAGUAGUGGGUGGGUUGGGUGGGACACAAGUGUGGGGGUAAAGAGAUGGAAGUUCAAGAGCUGUAUGACAUGCAGGCUUCACCAUGGGGUGCAAACACGCUAGCCCAUUCCGCCUCACGCGGAGGAGGGCACAGGAGAGGGAGGGGAUGGUGGGCAAGGACUGGGUAGUUGUGAUGGAAGGAGAGAGGGUGGGGAGGCUAGUAGGGCCACAGGGCUGUAGGGGGAGAGGGCGCAGGAUGCAAGAUGGUAUGGUAGGACAGCAGGCUGGAAGUAUGGGAGUACAGAGGAGGCGCAAACAUCACUCUUGUUGCGCGGAAGAUGAAGAGCAAUGCCAAGGGGAUAGGGAGAAAGUUGGCCGCGUCAAGUCUAGAAGAUGAGAUGGAAUUGCUAGACGCCGCUCGCCGGUCGUCACACCCCCGGCCGGCCAGCCUUCAUUUGGCCAGGGCGCCAAAGCUGGGGAGAGUUCGAGGGGAAUGAAUAAUGCAUAUAAUGGCACGUUCUUUCUUGAUGCCUGCCGCAUGCAGCUACUCUAUUCGAAGGUGGUGUGCAGUGCUGGAGGGGUUUGUGGUUCUUAAUAAACCAUCGAAGACCAUUGCACGGUCCUUUAACGUGCCAGCUCCCAUCGGAGCGCAUUACGUAUGCCAAUCAUGUAUGAUAGCUAGAGCUGUAUAUUGCGACGUUGCUCGCAGAAGCUAGCCAGAUGCCUUGUGUAGUACUGUAGUUGGACCUAGUCAUGUUCUGUCAUCGCUGCUACUGCUUCUUAUGUACUAUCAGGUUGCUUGGGAGGUUGGAAGAACGCUGUACGAUACGCGGCUUUUUUGAGAUUUCGUUCCUUCCCUUACGUGUUUUGUUGUGUUCUUAGGUUGUGCUCGUAGGAUGCGGCAUUGGAGGAUUGGAGAAUCGUUUGAAUAACAUCCGUAGCUACGGGUUUCCGUACGGGGCUGGCUGGCUGUUUAGAUUACUAGCUCAAUAAGGUGCGUCCAGAAGCCGCUAUGCCCCUGCGGGCCCCGCACAAUAAUUGCUGUUUACUUCUUUCCCGAUUUCAUGACGAUCAGCACUCCGGUUGCGUCAUUUAACACAUGGUUGCUUUAUCGGAUACUUUUGCCGUGUUAAGAUGUACGAUGGGGUAAGUUGUGUGGGUAGUGCUAGUGACGGCAGUCUGCGCAGUUUGCGGUUAGUAUGGCUGCGAAUACUUGUUGGCAUCCCUAGGUUGUUGCAGUUCCAACAAGGGGGCACAAAGACCCGUUGAGGCUCGUUGGGGCACCUCCCCAGGAAGGUCUGCGCUUCUAGAGUACCGUAACUUCGUUGUAAGCCAGUGAAUUGGUG